GACUUUCUUUUUGGAACCAAAACUCCUAUACUUACAAUCUUACAUCUUCUCAGUUCCUAGCAACAUUGAACUAUUCUCUCUGUAAGAAGAUUGGUCUAAGCACUGAGCAAAUUAGCAAUCACACUGAUUUUUAAACUUUCUGCAGGAAAUAGCACCUGCAACAUCUUGAGGUUACUUUUGUUUUAAUGGAAGACCACCAUAUCUUAAGAAGAAACCUUCAGGAGGAGAUACUAACAUACAAAUACAUAAAUGGAUAUCCAAUGUUCCAAAUCAUGGAAUAUUUCAAGAGUGAAAAGGAGAAGCUGAUUUCAAAUCUUGAUCACGUGCAGAAAAAGGUUGAAGCAACGAGAAAAACAACAAAACUCAAUGAUGCUAUUUCAGAGUGGCUAAAUGAUGCAGUGAAACUCACAGAGGAGGUGGAGAAUCAAGAAAUUGAAAUAGAAUCAGAGAUGGGAACUCCAACCCCAGAUGAGUAUUCUUUCACUCAUAUAAUUGGGACCAUCUAUGAGCUACACUGUGACAUAAUAAAGAAAAUGAAGAAGUUGAAUGCCAAAUGUGAAUUUGAAUCAUUUUCAAGCCCAAUUCCAGGUUUAGUGUACUUCUCUUCUGGAAACUUCAUGUGUUUCAAGUCUACAGAAAAAGCUUCAAAUGAAAUUUUGGAAGCACUUCAAGAUGAUAGUAACUUGAUAGUUGGAUUGUAUGGAAGGAAAGGCUCAGGGAAAACAACACUAGUGAAAACAUUGGCUGAGAAAGCCAAGUAUUUGAAGAUUUUCAAUGUUGUUAUAUUUGUCAUUGUACCUCCAAAUCCAAACAUCAAGAGGAUUCAGGACCAAAUUGCUGACUCAUUGAAUCUGAAGUUAGACAAAGGUACUGAAUUUGAAAGAGCAAGACAAAUUUACCUAACAUUAUCAAAUAUGGAUAGAAUGCUUGUGAUACUGGAUGAUGUUAGAACAAAGCUUGAGCUAGAGGAUAUAGGUAUUCCUUGUGAUAACAGUGAAGGGAACAAGAUCCUUUUGACCACUCGUCGCAAAACUCAGUGUAACUUAAUAGGGUGUCAAAGGAAGAUUCAUUUAGGUUCAAUAUCGAAAAGAGAAGCUUGGAAGUUGUUCAAGAAACAUUCAAGUAUAGAUAAUGAGACUCCAUCUAAUAUAUCAAAAGUGGGACAUGAAGUUGCUGUUGAAUGUCAAGGAUUACCUGGUAGAAUCAAAGAUGUGGGAACUUCCUUAAAAAGUGAACCGAUUGAGCAUUGGAAUGAGUUACUAAACAGUUUGAGGCAUUCAAUGGCGCGCUACCAGAUUUAUAUCAGCUUUAGAGGAGAGGAUACCGGCUGCUCUUUUGCCGGCUAUCUCUACCGGGCGUUGUGCCGGGAGGGAUUCAAGACCUUUAUGGAUGACGGGAGACUGGAAGGUGGAGACGAAAUUUCACCUUCUCUUGUUAAAAUGAUUGAAGCCUCGAGGCUCUCGAUUGUUGUUUUCUCUCAAAACUAUGCGAAAUCAUGCUUGUGUCUUGAUGAACUUGCUACAAUUCUCAAGUUUAAGGAGACAAAGAACCAGGUGGUUUGGCCAAUUUUUUACAAAGUGGAACCGACUGAUAUAAGACAUCAGAAAAAUAAUUAUGAAAAAGCAUUGGCUGAGCAUGAUGAAAAAUUUGCGAAUGAUCCUGAGAAAGUGCAAAGAUGGAGGUCAACUUUGUCUAAAAUUGUUGACAUGUCUGGAUUUUCCUAUACUGCCGGGUAUGAAUAUAAAUUUAUCCAAGACAUGGUGGAAAGGGCCAAUAAUAUCAAAAAAUAUGACUUGUAUUUACAAAGCUGGGAUAUGGACUAGAAGGAAGACUUGGGCACAUAACACGAGUCAUUGCUGGCUAUGGAAUGGAGUGUGGCUGUAAUGUGCAUGUUCAUUUGUGGAAGUUGCUCGGGACUCAUUCUAUAUUCAUGAAUAAACUCAAAAAUUUAGGUUUUGACAAAAAUAAAAAGACCAAAAAUUUUUAGGUGAUUUUGUUUUGGGAAGAAUCUUUUGCUUACCAUUAUCUUUGUAUCAUAAGUUUUUACAAAGCUAUAUCUAUUCAAUA